AUGCUUGGAAUCGUGUAUGGACUACAGAAAUUCAAUGAGUAUGUGUGUAAAACAGUGUUAGUGGAAACAGACCACAAACCACUAGAGAGCCUGUUUAAAAAAUCAUUGUCGAGUGCACCUCCACGACUUCAACGCAUGAUGUUGAAAGUUCAGCAACAUGACUUAGUGGUGAAAUACAAAGCUGGCAAGGAACUCUACAUUGCGGACACAUUGUCGAGAUCGACAGGAUCAGAUCCAGCUGAGGAGCAGGAGGAAACAAGUGAAACCAAAAAAGACCCUGUUCUCAUGAAACUGAAGGACACAGUUCUACAGGGAUGGCCAACAAACCGGAAGGAUUUAGACAGCGAACUUAGUCCAUACUGGAACUUUAGAGAUGAGAUAAGCAUUGUUGAUAGCUUAUUGUUAAAAGGAGAUCGUAUCAUUACACCAGAGCAACUUAGACCCCAGAUGUUGAAAAUCCUGCACAGCAGUCACCUGGGACAAGAAAAAUGUAUACAGCGAGCUAAAUCAACAUUGUUUUGGCCAGGAAUAAUCAUGCAGUUGAAGAACAUGACAGAACAGUGCAACAUUUGCAACCGCUACAGAAAUGCGCAGCAAAAGGAGCCAAUGAUACCACAUGAGAUCCCAAAUCGUCCUUGGCAGAAAGUUGCAGCAGACAUUAUGUUUUUUGGGAAUACAAGAUACUUGAUAACUGUUGACUACUUCUCAAAGUUCAUAGAAGUCAACCGCUUACAAGAUGGGAAAGCCGCCACCGUUAUCAACAUUCUGAAGUAA